GGAGGGAGAAUAAAAACGCUGACAAGAACCUGAACUCUUUUCUUGACACACUCUUGACAUUUCUUUCCUCGGGUUCAGUUCUCUUUGCUCCCGUCACGUCUAGAUCUGUCUCUCUGUUAGUGCAAGUGUAUUUCUGACUCUUCUAUCUGGAAAUAUGAACACAGGAACAACUAAAGAUUGGUUCCAGUCUAGAGCCAUGCACAUGCACAUUUGGACCCUGACAUUGGCCAUACAUCUCGCUGCUUCCUCCACACUUUUCUAUUCCAUCGAGAGUCAGCUGGAAGCAUUUCAGGUAAAAGAAGAACGAGUCAAGGAGAGAGAGGUCUACUUGUUUGCUGUAGAUGGAAAGAGAAGACCCUACAGUUAUAUAAAUGAGGAGGGCACGUUGACUGGUUUUGAAAUAGAUUUCAUUAAUCAAGUUUGUUCUGUUGCUGGGAAACUGUGUUACACAAUAUUAGCUGAGUAUCAAGAGUGUAUUUUCACGGACAGAUCCCUGGAUUACGCAGGGCGAGGUCUGAUGGCUAGAUGGUUCCACGGAUGUCCAGGCUAUGCUAUUACGAUUGACAGAUUAAAUGAAUUCGACUUCACUUUGCCCUAUUUAGAUGGUAUAGCCACAUUCACUGUGAUACCUGGCAACCCUUCAGGAUUUGAUCCCGACAGCGAUGACUAUUCUGAUUUUACUAUUGUUCAUCUAUCAGGGGCUCCUACCAAUGAACCUUGUUUACGAAGACUUAAAAAAAGAUUCGGAAAAGUUUUAAUAGCUCAAGAUCUUCCCGAAGCUAAAGCGGUACUACUCAAUAGAACAGCUGAUGUUCUCUUCUCUCCACGUAGAAAAAUUGAUGGCCUUGAAACACUUCCUGCAAGAUUUCGAUGUGAUAUUAAUGGAGCUGGUAUAAUGCUCAAGAAAGGCAGCAAUGUGGCCACAUGGUGGGAUCCUGCAUUCACUAAAUUUUACUCCUCUGGUGCAUACGCUAAACUCUGCGUUGAGGCCUCAGAAAAAUACAAAGCCAAUAUCAGUUGUCUCAAUUCUCUGAGUGAAGCUCAGAAGUUACACCCUUACCAGUCACCACCACAAAGUUCGGCUGAGCCAGACAAACUUUGGACUUUUGUUGUCAGUGGAAGAAUCGCUCCAUACAGUUACCUAAAUGACGAAGGGAGAUUGGUUGGAUUCACAAAAGAUUUCUUGGACAGAGUUUGUACAAAAGCUGGUAAGAGAUGCACAUUGCUCCUAGCAGAAGUCUCUGAGUGUACCGUUAGAAAAGGUGAACUGUUGUAUCCAGGCAGAGGUUUGCUGGAGGGAUGGUUCGAUGCCUGUACUGGCUACUUUGACACUUACGACCGAGACAACAGCUGGGAUUUCACAUUACCUUAUCUGGUUUCUUAUGCUUCAUUUUAUGUGGCCAUAGGCAAUCCUAGCCGCUUUAAUCCAGAUCUUGAUGAUUACUCCAAAUACACCAUAGUGUAUGCUGAGACCGCCAUAACCAAUGCCCAUUGCCUGAACAGACUUCACAAAAAAUAUGGGAAACUCGUGGUUGUGCCUGACAGAAGUGAUGCUAUCAACAUGUUGUUGAACAGAACUGCCGAUGCUUGGUUCACCAAAGACGAUGGUGCUCCAGCCAUUGAGAAACUUCCACAGCAGCUUCAUUGCGAGAACGUUGGUACCAGCAUCAUGACCAAGAAAGGUGGAGAGCUGCCACUCUGGUGGAACAAAGUCUUCCAAGAGUUUUACACGUCAGGGGAGUACAACGCUUUUUGUAGAGAGAAAGGGAGAGAAUUUCAAACCAAGUUCCCAUGUCUACCAGAACCAACAUGGUCCGUCCAGCAACAAGGCUUGUGAACAUUUCAUUUUAGAAAGACAAUUGUUUUUAUUUUAUCGAUCUUGGAAUGACAACUUAAUAUUGAAACUUGAACAAAAAAUUUUGUUACGCUUACUUUUAAAUAUAAAAUGCCUGGGUUAAUAAAUAUAAAACAACCUUAGCCUAUAUAUUAGGUUCCAAUUCUGAUUUAAGGCAGCAGUGAAUGUUUCUCUAUGAAUGAAUGUUUCUCUAUGAAUGAAUGUCCUAGGGGAAGAAAACAUAUCGAUCUAUUAAUUCUAAUAAAAGUCGUAUGUACACUAUUUAUAGAAUAAGCUCAUCUUGUGUGUUUUUACUUACAACAUAUCCCGAGUCUAUGGAUCUAAUGAUUUACCUAGGCGCUACAUUUCUUGGCGUAAUGUCAUUUUGCUUUAGACAUGUAUUAUUUUUUUUUACAAUGUUUCACUAAACUAAAUGGUGCUUUUACCCUCUACACUUGUCGUCACAAUGAUCUUUGACCAUUCAGGGGCUUUCCACAAGAGUUGGAUGUAAGAAAGUAGCUCCUCAAUAGACUUCUUCAUGAAGUCUCACAUAAAGAUCGAAGGACAAAGAUUAUUGAUUACACAAAAUGAUCAUAUAGUUAAUGUUGCAAUAUAAAAAAUAAUGUAAUGUUUAUUAUAUUAUUAGAAGGCAGACAUAAAUAUUCAUUUAAUAAAUCUGAUUGUUAAGACCUCCAAAUACUGAGAUUAGUCACUCUUUUGACACUUAAACAGACCACCAGCGGACAACGGCUUUGACUGCGCGAAAUGCGGGAACAUAUGCAGCUUUCUACUGGGUCUGCGUAGUCACGUGAAACACUGCACUCCUCCUUAACCUCCAGACACUUGCCAAUAUCAGUGAAAGGUGUGUUGUGAUUCUUUCAUAUUUGUGGUCGUAGAUUGUCCUGAGGUCAAAGGUGAACUAAAACAAAGCCUAAAAAACAUGGACAACUUCUCAUUAAUAGCAAUGUCAACAUUUAGAAGUUCUUUUGCGACAUUGUCAAACUACGACACUCAAAUUGUCUAGUUGUUAGUAGUUCAUAAUGAUAUAUAUUAUAUAUAUAUUCAAAGGUUUAAAAAAAUAUUCUGAUAAGCAUUUUGUAGUUGUAUUGUUUUAUCUUUUGUUGAAUUUUUUUUUCAAUGAAGUUCCAGUAUGUAACUUGUUUUGUUUUUUUCUCUUUGUCCCACCACAAUCUGUAUGGAGUCCAUGCAAUGUACAGAAGGUUUGGUUAUGGGCUAAUGUCAGAAAGCAAGACUGGGGCGAACUAUUGAUUCAUUUAUUGUUACAUCUAUUUGUUGUGAUUUUAAUAAAAGUAUUAUUGAAUCAAAAUGGA